AUGCCUUAUAUAAUGCAACUCAAUUUUUAUAUGAUUCUUUGGAUAAUGGACUUAAAACGAUUGCUGNUUAUUAAGCCUUUAUUUAAGGGUGGGGACAGGAAAAACAUUAGUAAUUAUAGACCUAUAUCAAUGUUAUCCAACUUUUUCAAAAUAUUUGAGAAAAUAAUUAAAACAAGGCUGAUUUCUUACCUUGAGAAAAACAACCUACUAUCUAAAAACCAAUACGGAUUCCGACCAGGUAUAAGCACUGAGAAUGCCUUAUAUAAUGCAACUCAAUUUUUAUACGAUUCUUUAGAUAAUGGACUUAAAACGAUUGCUGUUUUUAUAGAUUUAGCAAAGGCUUUUGAUACUAUUCAACAUGAUAUCCUAUUACGGCUAUUACCGAAUUUUGGAAUAAUUAACAAAAGUCUGCGCUGGUUUAAGAAUUAUCUCUCAAAUAGACAACAAAUGGUGAAAUUAAAUGAUGUUAUAAGCAAUGGAAGUUUUAUUGAAUACGGUAUCCCGCAAGGUAGUGUUCUAGGUCCCAUUUUGUUCAUACUAUACAUUAAUGCAGUCUGUGAUUUAAAUAUUAAUGGCAAAAUAGUGACUUAUGCAGAUGAUACCUGUCUGUCAUUUUCGGAUAUAUCUUGGUAG